UUUGUGUAAACUAUGAGUCAAAUGAUUUUGAAUAUCCUAUAAAUGAAACAAUUAUUCAAUGCGUGACUAUAAGUGGUAUAUAAGUUGUGUCUAAAACUGUAAAUCGAUUGUUAUAUUGAAUGCAUUGACUGAUUGAUUGAUUGACAAAUUGAUUGACAGAUUGGCGCCAAUCGGCAAACACUUAAAGUUUAUUAAAGUCUUUUCUCUUUCAUUUAAUUAACAAUUAUUGAAGACAUCAGUAGUGAAGACAUAACUAUAUAGUGGACACAAUUAAUGACCAAUUGAUGCCAUACUCUGGUGAUAAAGAUGUCAAACACUAAUAGCGGUGACAAUUGUGACAAACUAUCGGAGUUUGACACAAAACAAUUGGUCGAUAUUCUCGAUGAAAUUAUCGACAAAUGUGAGGCCAAUAUCAUUGACCAACAAUCGAUUGACAGCUAUCGGCGUACUAUUGACUCGGACGCUGAUAACGACCAAAACGAUGACAUUAUCAAUGAGACAGUGAAUGGCGAUAAAAUUGAUGAGUCAUCUGAUGAUGAAGACGAGUAUGUGGAACCACUUAAACACAUCGAUACCAUUGAUGUCACUAAAGAACAAAUUAAUAGUUCAACAAAGUCUGUAUUACGAAGACAACAGAGACAAAGAAUGGAUACAAAGAUAACUAAUGAUUUAUGGGGCGAAUCGGUUGGUAUUUAUGAUUGCAAUGGAAAAGUCCGCCGAGUGGUCGCUGUCAGCGAUUUGCAUAAUUAUCUACUUCUCGAAUCAACCGGACUUAAGACCGAUUCAAAGAUUUAUUGUUCAUUAAUUAGCGAUCGGUUCCCGCGUUUCUUCGACAGCACUCGUAAUUAUCUUCAGAGAUGGCGAAUGCGUUAUAAUAUAUUUGCUGAACAAGUUUUGGACGAUAAAGAUGACGAUUCAUUGGUACACAUCGGCGAAAUUCACCUAUACUUUGAUCUUAAGCCUCAAUACCGGAUCCCUUUUUAUGUCAACAAUUCAUUUUAUAUGAACGAAAUACCCACUGAAAAAGCUAUCGAUUUGAACAAAAAAGACAAAAUAUUAGCCGUUAUUAACUCUAUACUUAAUAGUCGAGAUAUACUUCAACUAAAAUUUCCAAUCAAAUCAGUUAAGUUUCACAAAACAAAUGAAAUUUUCAUUAAAUUUACUGAAAGACAACAGGAAAUGAUGGAAGAAGUCAAAGCUGUUAAUCGCAGAGGAUUUAAGAAAUUCGAUGUCAUUCCCCAAAGAGAUCGUCGACCGCGUGGAGGUCAACAUACGAGCCAAUCGAGACCAUCAGUGAACAGCAAUGGCAAUGACUUUGACAAAAAUAAAAGACAAUUUAAUGAAAACGACCGUCAGUUUAACAAAAAUAAACAUAAUUUUGAUGCAAAUAACAGACAAAAAUCCCAAUAUUCGAGUGAUAGGAAAAGGGGUUCAGAUUAUGGUAAUUACAGAAAUGGCAGACACUUCUCGUCCUCAAAUUCAACCAAACGAUCGGAUUUUGCAAAUAAUAGAAAUGCCAAUAAACCGAUUGCAGAAAAAGGCGAAUUUAAGAAGAGAACCAACAAUUACAACAAUGUCAACGAUUUUGAAGUGACUUUUGAAGACACUCGAGAAAGUCAGUCGAGAAAUGUAAAUAAGAAUUUUAAUAACAAAACCAAUAGAGGUUUUAACCAAAGAAGAAUUAACUCGAAUAGAGAUCUGGAUGUGGAUUAUAAUUACAGAAAUCCUCAAAUGGAGCCAUCGUUUGACAGUUCCAGUCGUAAAAAUUCAAGUGAUAUAUUCAAGACUUCAAGUAAUARAGGCUAUAGUGAUAUGUCUAAUACUGCUAAUCAUUCAAUAACUGGUUACACAAAUUUCAACAAUCGUCAAACUUAUCGCAUUUAAUUCAAAAGUCAUUAAAAAAUUAAUUAAUUAAUUUUUUUGUGACGGUUCUAGCAAUUGAUACAACAUUUGGUUAUUUCAAUACGAUUUUGUUUUUAAAAUUAUUAAUAUUUAUUUGAUUUGAUUCUCUAAACGUAACUAUAACUAUAUUACAAA